AUGGUACCACAGUUUGCUGCGCUGGUUAUGUUUGGAAGAAGGCUGUAGGCAAUUGUACCCCCUGUACUUUGGGCUUUCACGGACCAGAUUGUAAUGAUCUAUGUCCGUACCCAUCUUUUGGAAAAGACUGCCAGUUCUCGUGUAGAUGCAGUAAAUCAAAUUGUGACCAUGCUUUGGGCUGUAGGAAAAAUCCUCAAGAUUGUGACGUCGGGUAUUAUGGAUACUUUUGCAAGGAAAGUUGCAGAUAUCCUAAUUUUGGAUAUAUGUGUCAAGAACACUGUAAUUGUGAGCAGGAUAUGUGUCAUUUUGAAAAAGGAUGUAAACAUAAUUUAACCAGAUCAGUCAUUGCAGAUACUGGGUAUCUUUCACGUCCAUCCGAGAGUUCCUCAGUUCUCAUCAUCGUUGAUAAAUCCUUGGGAAUCAAAACAAUUCCUGUAUUAUUUACGAUAAGUGAAAAAGGUUCGGAAGUAUAUACCAACCGUAACAUCGUAAAACAAGAUUUAAAAGGAAAUCUCUUGAGCUUGUCAUCGACAGGAACCAUUUCUCCAAUGGCUGCAGGUAUCAUUGGUUUUGCUGUGGUCGCCGUUUUAUUAUUAUUUAUCUAUGCUGGUACAUUUUUUCUUGAAGAAAGUGGUCAUGGUAGAAAUACAGGAGCAAUGGAAAUUUGAAAUACGAACAGAUAAAUUAUUUAACUUGAA